CGGGCACGUGCCCAAGCCACCAGGUGUAACGGGCCAGGUAGCCCUCUAUCAGACGCUGGAGGAGGCUUCGGCUCUGUUCUCCCGGAGGGGGUGGCCCUCGCACCGCACCCCGCCGACAGCCGUAGGGAGCUCCCAGCGUCCGCCCCACUCAGAACCCUGCAGUUUCCGGGAGCUCUCGGUUGGCUCCGCGCCCUUCCUCUGCCACAGCCAAAGCCAGGGCCAGUCAGGGGCGGAGCUGAAGCCUCCAGCCGCUGGGUCCCUGUCCCCACGGUCCACCGCUUCAGGGCCAGAACGCGACGAGGGACAGCUCUCGCGCCCGCGCCGGCCUACGGCCCCUCGCCCGGCUUUAACACCCUGCCCCGCGGCAGCCGCGGUAGGCAAGGAGGCCCGCAAGACAGAGCCCCAAGCCGCGCCCCGACGGCCGGCCGAAGCAGCCCCAUGGUCGAGCAGGUGGCCCUGGUGAUUGGGGGUAUCGCUGGGGGGCUGCUGCUGCUGCUGUUGAUCGGGGUCAGCUGCUGCCUCUGGAAGAGGCUUUGUGCCAAGUUCACCUAUGAGGAGCUGCCCGGGACCACCACUGCCUCCAGCCCACAGAGGGACAAGCUCUGCCAACUGCCUGCCAGGACCCAGACAAGCAGGCCACCAGGUGUGCCAUUUGUGGUGCCCCCUUCCUUCCAAAGCCGAGACUGGGUGCCCCUGCACCGCAGAGAGUGGGCCCAGGUGCCACAGCGCCCCUGCCUAGCCCCGGAGCGCCUGCCCCACACCGCUGGCAGCAACCUUGGAGAUGUGCGCAUGGUGGGAACCAUCAACCCAGAGCUGUACAAGCUCCCAGAGGACAACAGUGAGACCAACUUCCCUGAGGGCUGCUUGGGGCGGCUGUGGUUCUCCGUGGAAUACCAGCAGGAGGCCGAGCGGUUUCUGGUGGGCCUGAUCAAGGCACAGCGGCUACAAGCCCCCUCAGAGAUCUGCAGCCCCCUGGUGAAGCUCCACCUGCUUCCAGAUGAGCGGCGCUUCCUCCAGUCGAAGAUCAAACGCAAAACCACCAACCCACAGUUUGACGAGCACUUCGUCUUCCAGGUGUCCAGCAAAAGCAUCAGUCAGAUGGUGCUGAGGUUCUCGGUGUACCACGUGGACAGGCAAAGGAAGCAUCAGCUCCUGGGCCAGGUGUUCUUCCCCUUGAAGAACGAGGCCAUGGCAGGUGACUGCCGGCGCAUUAUCUGGAGAGACCUGGAGCCUGAGAGCCUGGAGCCUCCCUCGGAGUUUGGCGACCUCCAGUUCUGCCUCAGCUACAAUGACUGCCUGAGCCGGCUGACAGUAGUCGUGCUGCGAGCCAAGGGCCUCCGGCUGCAGGAGGACAGGAGUUUUGUCAGUGUGUUUGUCAAAGUGUCCCUGAUGAACCACAACAAGUUUGUCAAGUGCAAGAGGACUUCGGCUGUGCUGGGCUCUGCCAACCCUGUGUACAGCGAGACCUUCAGCUUCAAGGCCGAGCCCACCGAGCUGGACACUGCCAGCCUCUGCCUGACAGUGCUGCAGAGCAUCGAAGGGGACAAGAGCCACCAGCUGGGCCGGGUGGUGGUGGGCCCCUACAUGUACGCCCGCGGCAAAGAACUAGAGCACUGGAACGAGAUGCUCGGCAAGCCCAAGGAGCUGGUGAAGCGCUGGCAUGCCCUUUGCCACACCACCGAGUCCUGACUCGGGGCAGGGACCUCGGUCGGCCUCAGGAGCCCACUCUCUCACCACCAUGUGUGACAGCCAUAGGUCUGAAUGCUUCGACCAGAAUCUCAUUGGGCUGCUAGGCCAGCCAGCCCAUGCCAGGGGGACAUGAGUGCAGAUGUAUAGGAGAGCAGAGCGGACAAGAGAGCCCUGGCCUGGGUCAGCGGUGCGGCCACUCACCAGGCUGAGAGACCCUCCCAACUCACUCUUUCUUCACCCAUGGGGCUGCCUAGGCUUGGAAUCCUGGCUCCUGGUCAGCACAGUCGCAAUUUACGUGGCAAUCAGAAGUAGUCUGUUUAGCGAUAGUAUGGCUGUGUGUGCAGAAUAGAAGUGCAGGGGAAACUCAGGUUUCACCAGCUUAGAAAACUGAUGAUGUGUUGAUGCUAAAGCUGCAGGUUUUUGUCUUUGGUUUCUCUGCCUUCUCCCUAGCAGAGAAAACAAACUGCCCUGGGGGACAUAAGGGGAGGAGGGAACCCCCAAGCACUUAUUUCUGUUGGUCCACAAUAAACAGCACAGUCCGAGAAUGGGGUUCCAUGUGUAGGUGUGGGGCAGCCCCAGGGUGUCUGCGCCACAUGGCGUUCCCACAGCCCAGGACAGAAAGCUCCCAGGGAUGGGGACUCACUGGCUUCAGGGCCUGUGGGAGAAUACUGUGAGCAGCCUCCCCAGGCACGGAGUGGCAGACAGGUUCUGGGCAUCAGCUCUCUGUGCCAGCUUAGGAGGGCACAUCUGUGCAUUAGGUCUCUCCCUGGGCUAUGUCAUAUCCUGCCCCCACACCAUGCCAAGUCUCGCCCACAGCCUGCCCUCCCAGAGUCCAACGCCUCACACCUCUGGUCUCACAGGUACUCUGCUGCUGGUUCCUGUGGUCUCCCUGGUUCGUGACUUUCUGCUCCUAGGGCACUCACUUUAGGCAGAAAAUGAUGAAAAUACAGAGCCAAAAUGUAGCCCAUGCAGCUGAGAGCUUUGCCUGUAAACCUAGCAGUUCCAUUAUGAUUAUUGUGCUGUGGUAGGCGUUGGUGUAAAAUUCAUUAAGAUGGAAGUUCCCACAAACCAUGGUUAUCAACCCCUGUGAAGUUGUACUCAAGGUAAUAAGCAGGCAUCACAUUUGUUGCUGUUACUUAACACCCAGUUUGUAUUUUCACCCUAAUGCUAUUGAACUUGCAGCAUCAACACAUUGUUAUUUUAUAACUAAAACAAACCUUUAAACCAGCGUCAUCUCUUUUUUUAUGCAGUGAAGCAACUUCAGCAAAAGAAAGUAGUGAACCUUAUACUCAGCUUCUGCCUCUUUCACUUGACUUCCAGUCUUAGUCCAGGCACAAAUACAAGCUUUCUCCAGCAGUGUUCCAUACAGACAGAAUAUCUUGUCAUUGCUUUCUCUCAACUUAUUUCACGGGCACAUUUUCAAUGUAGUCCACACUCCAGCCAUUUUUAAUUAGUGUUAUAGCUCACACAUAACAGGAGUUCUCUCUAUAUACAUUUUUUUAUUUUAUUGGGGGACAG